UUGAGAAGCUACAUAUGUUUUUUAUAUCUCUGUUAUCUAUAUGCACAUUUCUGAUGAUAUUGGUAUCUUUUUAAAGAACAACAAAAAUCACCUAUAAAUACAAUAAUUUCCAAUAAUCAGAGAUCCAGUUUUAUUCGAACGACAAAAUGAAACUCUGUGUUGCAGUUGCUUUCUUGAUGACUCUUGGAGUUUCAAUGGCUGUCAUUCUGGGUAAUGGCCAGCCAGGAUGCAAGACCGACAGCGAAAUGACAGUGAAAAAUUUCCGAAAUCUAUGGGAUCCAACAUUGUACUGGGUGUGUGAACAAAAGGGUUAUCCUGCUUCGUCGAGUAAAUGUCCAGAUAUGACAGCUUGGGAUGAUGCCUCAAAGAAAUGUGUCGAUUGGGAUGAUUGGGGCUGGUUGGAUCCAGUUGAACCACCAAGCAGUCCUUAAACUUACACACAAAUACAUAUUCCUAUACUUAAUUCUCUAAUAUAUUAUUAAAAAAUUGCUGAAAAUUGUGUUUGAAAUAAAAUAAUAAUGCAUUUAAAAUAGAA